AUGCACAAGCUCGCGACGACGAGCUCCCAUCGCUCGCAGAACGCACCUCCCUCAACAUCCAACGCCUCAUCCUCGGGGGAAUCAAGGUGGCCUGCGAUUCACACGGCGGUCGAGUCCGGCCUUACCUGCCUCGGACUCUUCGGCAAACCGCCUUUGAGGCCAUACACGGUCUCGCCCACCCCGGUGUCCGUGCCACGGUACGGGACAUCUCGCAACAGUUUGUCUGGCCCGGUCUGCGCAAGGACGUCACCGUCUGGGCACGUUUCUGUCUUCCGUGCCAGCGUUCGAAAGUCUCCAGGCACAAUCGUGCCGCGCUSUCCCGCUUCCAGGCUACGGAGAGCCGUUUCGAGCUUGUCCACGUCGAUAUCAUCACGCUACCUCAGAUGGCCAGCAGCUGUUCCGCUYGAGGACAUACGGRCAGAGACCGUCGCCAAGGCUUUCACGUCRGCAUGGAUCGCGGAYWAAGRAUGCCCGCUCACGAUCACAUCYGACCAGGGCACUCAGUUCGAGUCUUCUCUCUUUGCUGCGCUUGCUCAARUCUCGGGAAYCACGAGGAUCAGGACGACGCCUCAUCACCCGCAAGCUAACGGCAUGAUCGAGAGAUUUCACCGCACGCUCAAAUCGGCGCUUAUGUGCGCCCCGGCNUUAUAUCGGCUACGGAGACUCCAAGACUUUUAA